AUGACCAGGACGACGUUAUCUCCUAUCCAUGGCGCCUGCAAUUCGAUCAUUUUUGGCACGGGUGAUCAUCCACCAUUCCGGCGUCCAAUUUGCUUUGCUACCAGAAGCAACACCACGUGCUCGUCGAGUUAUGCUGUGUAUAUAGGCUCGGGACGAGGAUGCUUCGCCUUCCGUCUGUCGUAUUCAUACCCUUCGACACCAUCUAUACAAGUAAUGGACGACCUACCACUGAACAUUCGCUCAGCCGUGGUGAGUACUGGUGGCCACGCUACUGAUCCGCAGAAUUUCGAGCUCGUCUCUAAGAUCGCCGUUUAG